GAGCACCCACAGUCUCCCCAUUGUUCACUGGCAUCAUUGUUGGUCUGACCUCCCAGCUGCUCAGCCAUGGCCCCCAAGAAAGCCAAGAAGAGGACAGCAGAGGGAGCCAACUCCAAUGUUUUCUCAAUGUUUGAGCAGGCUCAGAUCCAGGAAUUUAAAGAGGCCUUCACCAUCAUGGACCAGAACAGAGACGGCUUCAUCGACAAGAAUGACCUGAGAGACACUUUUGCUGCUCUUGGACGUCUCAAUGUGAAACAGGAAGAGAUUGACGAGAUGCUCAAAGAGGCUCCCGGCCCAAUCAACUUCACCGUCUUCCUCACCAUGUUUGGCGAGAAACUCAAAGGUGCUGAUCCAGAGGAGACCAUCCUCAAUGCAUUUAAAGUCUUUGACCCUGAAGGGAAAGGUGUGCUGAGGAAGGACUAUGUGACACAGAUGCUAACAACACAAGCAGACCGAUUCUCCCCUGAAGAGAUGGAGCAGAUGUUCGCUGCCUUCCCCCCAGAUGUGGCAGGAAACCUGGACUAUAAGAACCUGGUUCACAUCAUCACCCAUGGAGAGGAAAAGGACCAGGAGUAAACGUUUUUGUCAACGUGUUUAUCAAAUAGAAAGUCCAUCUACUGCCCGUACAUGACUUGAAACUAGCCCGCUGCCCUCUGAGAUAUGGACUGUGGUUUAUUUCUGCAUCUGUAUGUUGGCUGCAUUGUCUCUGCUCAGCACUCAGGAGCACCCGAGGAUCAAGACAAAAACAGACAACUUACAGUAUCAACAUAGCGGGCUCCUUGUCUGCUUUAUCCACAUUAUGUUCCCACAUUCACCUGAGAUCAACUAAAUUAUUUUUCCGUAUCAUUUUGUUUACUCAAGCCACUUCUUUUUCAUAGAAAUGAUCCAUUUGUUAGGUCUGUGCAUGUUCGUCUAAUAAAAGUUUUCAAAGACA